AGUGCACGAUAAAGAAAUAGAGGAAGAAAGUUAUUAUAAAUACUCCAUUAUCAAGUUUUAUACAACUGAUACGAAAUGGAGCAAAGGGUUGUAAAAAAAGAGAUAUUUAUUAACGAUUAUUAUAUGUGGAAUAAAGAUAUUAAACAAGAAUUACUCGAGGAAGAUACUUACGUAAAUGAGAAAUGGAACAGUACCAAUGAAAUUAAACAAGAAAUAAUUGGCGAUUCAAAUACAUCCAAAACAUUUGAGGAUCGUAUGGUUGCAAUUAAAAGAAAAAAAGAAAUUAUUAGUAAACACCAAAGUAGAAAGAAAUUCAAGUAUUUAAAAGUGAUUUGUGAAAGAAGAAUUAAGUUAAAAGGGCUGCUAAGAAAUGGGACAUAUACAAAACCAAAUGUUUUGGGGUUAAUGAUAUGCUUAUAUUGUGGAAAUUUAUACACAAAAAGAGACGAAUUUCUUUGUCACUAUGUAACAAAUCAUUGUAUUCAGAGAAAAAAAAUAAAUAUGAAUAAAUUUCACUUCAAAACUAGUUACAAUAAGAAGGUGAAAGAUGAAGUUUUAGAAACUGAAUUUAAACCAGAGUUGCAGGAGUUCAGCUUUACCAAUAAUUUCAAUCCAUACGUUGAUGAAGAUGUAAAAUCGUUUUCAAAAGAGAGCAAUUUAAUUAGAAAAUUGAAAGGUGAAAAGUCAUUUAAAUGCGACAUUUGUUCAAAAACGUUUCCACGUAAAAGUAGUUUAAACAGACAUUUGUUAAAUCACACUGGGGAAAAGCCAUACAAAUGUGAAAUUUGUUUAAAAACGUUUUCACAAAAAAGUUAUAUAAAUCUACAUAUGUUUAGUCACACAGGGGAAAAACCAUUUAAAUGUGACAUUUGUUUAAGAACGUUUUCCCAGAAAAGUAACUUGAAUUCACAUAUGCUUAGCCACACAGGAGAAAAACCAUUCAAGUGUGACAUUUGCUUGAGGACAUUUUCACAGAAAAGUAAUUUGAAUUCGCAUAUUCAUAGUCACACAGGAGAAAAGCCAUUUAAAUGUGAUAUUUGUUCGCAAACGUUUUCACAAAAAAGUAACUUGAAUUCGCAUAUGUUAAGCCACACUGGAAAAAAGCCAUUUAAAUGUGACAUUUGUUUACAGAGUUUUUCAAGGAAAAGUAAUUUGAAUAAGCAUUUGCUUCUUCACACAGGAGAAAAGCCUUUCAAAUGUGACAUAUGUGUGAAAACAUUUUCCCAAAAAAUUCAUUUGAAUUUACAUAUGCUCAGUCACUCAGAGGACAAACCAUUCAAAUGUGACAUUUGUUUACAGAGUUUCCCAAGGAAAAGUAAUUUGAAUAUGCAUUUGCUUCUUCACACAGGAGAAAAGCCUUUCAAAUGUGAUAUUUGUUCGAAAACAUUUUCACAAAAAAGACAUUUGAAUUUACAUAUGCUCAGUCACUCAGAGGACAAACCAUUCAAAUGUGAUAUUUGUACGAAAUCUUUUCCGCAUAAAAGUAGUUUGAAGAGACAUUCGCGCAUUCACACGGCAGAUAAACCUUUCAAGUGUGACGUUUGCGUUAAAACAUUUUUACAUAACAGUAGUUUAAAUUCACACAUGCUUAGUCACAUAGGGGAAAAGCCAUUCAAGUGUGACAUUUGUUCAAAAACUUUUUCACGGAAAAAGAAUUUGAAUAAACAUGUGCAUAGUCACCCAGUAGAUGGCUCUUGAGUUGAGAUUGUUAUGCUUUACAAUUUAAUUUAUAUUAUCUGCCAAUAAUAUUAUAAAAUUACGGAAUUGUUUAGAAAACUGUUUUUUUUUUAAUCCUUAACCACAAACCUCCCUUAGUCAGGAUACCACCACAGACAUCUGGUGAUUUUUACCGGUUUUUCUAAAAUCACAACAAAUCUAAAAAAAUACUCCAGAGUAUUAAAAUUUGAUUAAAAAGGAGCUAAAAAAACUGAAUUUAUAUAUAUUUUUUAAAUAUAACCCAACAGGAACUUUUCUGUUCCACAAAUAAAUAGAAAAUACGAAUUUAUAACUAUAAUAGAAAAUUUGCUUAUAACAAAAGGAAAUAUAUAAAGAUAAAUGAAAUUUUUGUUUGUAUAAUAAUAAAAAAAGCAAAGAAAAACACUGGCGAAUAUAAACAAUAAAAUCACCACAAAUUUAUGAACAACAACAUAGGUCCUCAAGCCGGUCCUGUCUGACUAUAAUGGAAUUCUAAACUUUAUACUAUUCAUACACUAGUAUUCUCAAUCACUUCGUUCAGUUACUGUAUGACAGCGAUUACUUUCUGAACGUUCACAUAAAUAUCGUGUAAAACCUAUCUUAGUUUUAUUAUAACCCUCCAUAUGAUUAUUAUUUACACAUAAAGAAAUGGAGCAAAAAUGUGUGAAGAAAGAAAUAGAUAUUAACGAUGAAUAUGUUUAUAACAAUGAUGUUAAACAAGAAUUUAUUGAUGAAGAUCCAGCGCUAGCUAUAAAUAUGAAUGAUAUUAAACGAGAAAUAAUUGAUGAGUCAAAGAAUAAGUUCCAAAUAGAUGAAAAAUGUAUGGUUGAAGUUAAAGCAGAAAAAGACAGUUUCAAUAAUCAAUAUUAUAAAAAUGAAACCAAAUAUUUGAAUGUUAUAUGCAAAAGAAAUAGAUUGAAAGAAAAUCGGAAAUAUAUUAGACUAAAUACUAUUGCUGGGAUUGUUAUGUGCGUAUAUUGUGGAAAUUUUUACACAAAACGUGUUGAAUUUUUGUGCCACUUUACAACAAAUCAUAUAAUACAAAAAAAAUUUUAUGGGAUUAAAUUUCACCAUAAAAAUAAAAGUUAUCACCAAAGAAGACUUGUUGGUAAUAGUAUUUUGGGGAAUAUUAUUGUAGAAGAUGGAAAAAAAUUAAAAACAGAGAAAGGUUUAGAUGGGGGCAUGGAAGUGUUUUCAGGGGUAAGUAAUUCAAAUGAACAAGAGCAGUUUGACAAGGGUAAAAAGCAAUUCUUAUGUUAUAUUUGUUCAAAAUCAUUUUCACAAAAAAGUCAUUUAAAUUCACAUAUUCUAAUUCAUACAGGAGAAAAGCCUUUUAAAUGUGACAUUUGUUCUAAAACUUUUGCUCGCAAAAGUUCAUUAAAUUUACAUUUGCAUAUUCACACAGGAAAAAAACCAUUCAAAUGUGAUAUUUGUUCAAAAAAAUUCUCACAAAAAAGUUACUUAAAUUCACAUAUGCUCAGUCAUACAGGAGAAAAACCUUUCAAAUGCGAAAUUUGUAUGAAAAUGUUUUCGCAGAAAAGUAAUUUAAAUUCACAUAUGAUCAGUCACACAGGGAGAAAACCUUUCACAUGUGUCAUUUGUUUAAAAACAUUUUCACAUAAAGCUAGUUUAAAUUUACAUUCACUUCUUCAUAAAAUGGAAAAUUCAUUCAAAUGCGACGUUUGCUCGAAAACUUUUUCACGAAAAAGUAGUUUGAACAGGCAUUCAAUGUGUCAUGCCGAAGAAAAACCGUUUAAAUGUGACAUUUGUUCAAAGACGUUUUUGCAGAAAAGUAGUUUGAAGUCACAUUUGCUUUUCCAUACAGGAGAAAAGUCAUUCAAAUGUGACACUUGUUUGAAAAGUUUUUCACUAAAAAGUAGUUUAAAUAGACAUUUGCUUAUUCACUUAGAGGACAAACCAUUCAAAUGUGACAUUUGUUUAAAAACAUUUCCACAGAAAACUAAUUUAAACUCACAUUCCCGAAUUCACACAGGAGAAAACUCAUUCAAAUGUGAUGUUUGUUCAAAAAUAUUUUCACAAAAAAGUCAUUUGAAUUCUCAUAUGCUCAGCCACACCGGGGAAAAGCCUUUUAAGUGUGAUAUUUGUUUGAAAAGUUUUUCACACAAACGAAAUCUCAACAGACAUUUACUUAGUCACACAGGGGAAAAGCCAUUUAAAUGUGACAUUUGUUCACAAACUUUUUUGAGGAAGAGUAGUUUGAAUACACAUUUACGUAAUCAUUCAGGAGAAAAACCUUUCCAAUGUAACAUUUGUUUCAAAUCAUUUUUACAAAAAUGUCAUUUAAACUCGCAUGUACUCAGUCACUUAGAGGAAAAGCCAUUCAAAUGUGACAUUUGUACGAAGACUUUUCCUCAAAAAAGUACUUUGAAUAAACAUUUGCGAAUACAUUCAGGAGAGAAAUCUUUCAAAUGCGAUAUUUGUUUAAAAACGUUUUUACACAAAAGCUCUUUAAAUUUACAUAUGGUCAGUCACUUGAAGGAAAAGCCAUUCAAAUGCGAAAUUUGUAUGAAAACUUUCUCGCAAAAAUGUAGCUUAAAUAUGCAUUCUCUACUUCAUAUAGUUGAAAAACCUUUUAAAUGUGAAGUUUGCUUCAAAACAUUUGCACAGAAAGGUAAUUUAAAUAUACAUUCGCUUUGCCACACAGGAGAAAAACCAUUCAAAUGUGAUAUUUGUAUGAAAUAUUUCUCUCAGAAAAGGAAUUUGAAAAAGCAUAUGAAAAUUCACACUAGAAUUGGAUCUUAAAUUAUUAUGGUUUUGAAUCAUAAAAAAAUGGUCCCACAAACAUAGAACAAUAAUUCAACACCACAAACUGUAAUAAAUAUUGUUUUCCCCUUAUAAUUUUUGAAUCAAUACAAAAAAAAUUCUAAAUGCUUAUUUCCAACAGUGUUUUAUAGCUUCAUAAGUUUUUGUAAUCUUUCAUUUAAAUUAAAUAUAAACAGUUAUGUUAA